UGUGUGCACUGAUUCUCUCACAUGCUAUCUUUAACUGGUGUUCUGCCUGAAAUCUGUACCUUUUUUUUUUCAGGCUAAGGUACCUUCACUCCACUCAUACACAGAAACUGUGCAGGCCCUCCUCUUCCUUUGUUCAUAUUCUUGCAGCACGGUGUGCAAAUGAGAGAAAACGGAGUAAAUGACCUGGAAAACUUUAUUACAUGAAGCCUAAUGCUGACAUCACGGUUACAAACUUCUCCAGUAAGCACUCUGAAGUGCUCUGGCCUUUUUUUUUGGUCCCUGACUUUGCUUUAAAACAAGUGUGUGCUUUUUUGAUAAUACGUACGCUCAUUUUACUCUCUUACUAGUAUCACAAUCAAGAGCUUUAUACUCAAGGUAUGUGGCCCAGUUUUAAGAACUGGAGAAUUUAAUGGAGAGGAUCUUGACACCUUGAGUUCCCAGUCUAGUUCAUUGUCAAAGGGGGAAUAUCUAUAGUUUUUCCACAUUAUUUUGUUCUCAAGUCCCUUUCCCCAGAAUUUUCUUUCCCAUUUAAACUGGUUACUCUGCAUUUAAAAUCUGCAUCGUAAAAUGAGGCCAAACAGUCCUUUGCCUCCACCUGUUUCUUACACACUAAGAAUGAGAAAGCAGGUAGGACUCGGCUAUGGAGGUGCUGUUCCCUCAAAAAGGUUGGGAAAAGGUAUGGUUUUGGAGCCUGGAUACAAGACAGGGCAAAACUGGUUAUCCUGACACGCUCUCACCACUACAAAAGAGUAGCUUGCUUCAGCUGGAUGCCUUCCACCCACACUGCAGCACAGCCAGUCUUGCCAGUCUUUUUUGGGUGCUUCUCGCUCCCGCCACAAAGUUCUUUCAUUGUUCACAGGAUCGGUUCGCCAACAGCUGUUCCUAGCUUUUCGGCUCUGAGCUGUACCGCAUUUUAAAGUUUCAGAAGCAGCACUUCUGAGUACGAUUCGCACAAUGCUGCCAGGCCGCUGGGCAAGGGGCUCAGAGGGCCGGGCAGGGGGGGUGUGCAGGUCCAGAGCGGCGCGGAGGGCACGCGAGCACCGCGCAGCCCACAUAGCGUGUGCCGGCGUUCGAGGGGGCUUCGGCUCCGCCCAGCAGCCCGAGGGCCGCCCGGCUGCGGGCCACGCGCCGGAUACCGGCUCGCGCUUGGGCCCAGAGAUCCUUCGCGCUGAUGCGCUCGAAAGUUCUUAAACCUCUCCAGCCUGGAUCUCCCCUCGACUCCAAACUAACCCGGGCCUCGCCGGCUAACGCAUCCGGCGCGCAGCCCGUUAUGGCCAUCCUUUAAAGCAAUGGGACGAAGGGACGCGCGCUCUCCUGCUUUACGGCAAGGGUGCGCGGGUUUGCGACAGCGUGACGCCGGCAGAGUUUUGGCGGGAAAAGCGCUGCAUUUGGAUUCCUGUGGUGGCGGGCAAAGGACGGCCUGCCGUGGUCCAUCGUGAAGUCAUGGCAGUGCCCUUUGUGGAAGACUGGGACUUGGUGCAAACCCUGGGAGAAGGUGCCUAUGGAGAGGUUCAACUUGCUGUGAAUAGAAGAACUGAAGAAGCAGUUGCAGUCAAGAUUGUAGACAUGAAGCGUGCCAUAGACUGUCCAGAAAAUAUUAAGAAAGAGAUCUGUAUCAAUAAAAUGUUAAAUCAUGAGAAUGUAGUGAAAUUCUAUGGUCACAGGAGAGAAGGCAAUAUCCAGUAUCUAUUUCUGGAGUACUGUAGUGGAGGAGAACUUUUUGACAGAAUUGAGCCAGACAUAGGCAUGCCUGAACAAGAUGCUCAGAGGUUCUUCCAUCAACUCAUGGCAGGGGUGGUUUAUCUACAUGGUAUUGGGAUAACUCAUAGGGAUAUUAAGCCAGAAAAUCUCCUAUUGGAUGAAAGGGAUAACCUCAAAAUCUCUGACUUUGGCUUGGCAACAGUGUUUCGGCAUAAUAAUCGUGAACGUUUAUUGAACAAGAUGUGUGGUACUUUACCUUAUGUUGCUCCAGAACUUCUAAAGAGAAAAGAAUUUCAUGCAGAGCCAGUUGAUGUUUGGUCCUGUGGAAUAGUACUUACGGCAAUGUUGGCUGGAGAAUUGCCAUGGGACCAGCCCAGUGACAGUUGUCAGGAAUAUUCUGAUUGGAAAGAAAAAAAGACAUACCUCAACCCUUGGAAAAAAAUUGAUUCAGCUCCUCUAGCUUUGCUGCAUAAAAUCCUAGUUGAGAAUCCAUCAGUAAGAAUUACCAUCCCAGACAUCAAAAAAGAUCGAUGGUACAACAAACCUCUCAAGAAAGGGGCAAAGAGGCCCCGAGUCACUUCAGGUGGUGUAUCAGAGUCUCCUAGUGGCUUUUCUAAACACAUUCAAUCCAAUUUGGACUUCUCUCCAGUGAACAGUGCCUCUAGUGAAGAAAAUGUGAAGUACUCCAGUUCCCAGCCAGAACCACGGACAGGUCUUUCUUUAUGGGACACCAGCCCUUCAUAUAUUGAUAAAUUGGUGCAAGGGAUCAGUUUUUCCCAACCCACAUGUCCUGAUCAUAUGCUGCUGAAUAGUCAGUUACUUGGCACCCCAGGAUCCUCACAGAACCCUUGGCAGCGCUUGGUUAAAAGGAUGACACGAUUUUUUACCAAAUUGGAUGCAGACAAAUCUUAUCAAUGCCUGAAAGAGACUUGUGAGAAAUUGGGCUAUCAGUGGAAAAAGAGUUGUAUGAAUCAGGUUACUGUAUCAACAACUGAUAGGAGAAACAAUAAACUGAUUUUCAAAGUAAAUUUGGUAGAAAUGGAUGAGAAGAUCUUGGUUGACUUCCGGCUUUCUAAGGGUGAUGGAUUAGAAUUCAAGAGACACUUCCUGAAGAUUAAAGGGAAGCUGAGCGAUGUUGUGAGCAGCCAGAAGGUUUGGCUUCCUGCCACAUGAGAGAUCCACUGGAUUCCUGGUGAAUAUAGUGCUGCUAUGUUGACAUUAUUCUUCCUAGAGAAGAUUAUCCUAUUCUGCAAACUGCAAACAAUAGUCUCUGAAGAGUUGUCUUCCCUCUAGCCAAACAUUUUCCAAUUCUUUUUGUAUGUUCUUCAUACAAACAAUACCUAUAUCUUCAUUGUAAGUAAAGCUUUGGGGAACGGAUGGAUAGAACUCAUUAGAUAUUUCUUCAUCCUGUGUUUAGUGUCUAAAGACCCAUGUGAUGGAAACCAAGCUUUGGGGAUACAUGAGCUUACCAGCUUUUAUACCAGUGUAAUGAAAAAUAUUCUUGUCGCAUUGGUAACAAAACAUUUGGUUUCAUCCAAAAAGUAGGUGUUUCCUAUGUUGAUUUAAUUAUAUGGAUGGAUUAGUAAUAAAGCAAUCCUGUGACUUUUGGACAGUAGAUUUAUCAGUCUAUAAAGUGAAACCAACUUCAAAAAAUAUAUCCCCAUGAUUUGUACUUAUAUUUUCACAAGGGCCUUACCAAGUACAUAAAUCUGUUUUUGAAUUAUAACUGUUACUUAAAAUUGCAAGUAGGUAUGUUUUCUCCAUUGUAGUUAAUAAUAUAUAAAAUACUGGUUUGUCUUUCAAGUAGAAGUUGAGCAUGGACUCUAGUGCUUAACUACCUUUACUGUAAAAUUACUAUUGCACAUUUUAAAUAUUUUUCUAUAUUAUUUUCUACUUUCACAGCCAUAUUUUAAUUCUUUAUUACAGAAAUAAAUUCUAUUUUGAAAAUGAAUAGCUAACUCUGUGGACUUCUUGGUGACCAAGCUUCUAGGU